UGUUUGGAAAAUCACUGUCACAGGGUUCAGUUGAGUUCAAAAAAUUUACAAAAAAACAUGAUCAAACAUGUUCGUUUGGGCCGAGAACUGGCAAAAUUGGCCACUUCAGAUUCGAAGGACAUUUGCGUUUUCCCCAAGGAUGACAAAUUGGAUGUACUGGAGGCGCAAAUAGUUGGCCCGGAAAAAUCCCCCUACCAAGGCGGUAUUUUCAAGCUGGAAGUCAUUGUGCCUGACGCCUACCCUAUUAUGCCGCCCUCCAUCAAGUUCUUAACUAAAGUUUACCAUCCAAACAUUGAUGACAGUGGACGAAUCUGUUUGGACUUGAUCAAAAUGCCUCCCAAAGGAAACUGGAGGCCCACAAUUGGCAUUGAGGCUCUGCUCAUUGCUGUUCGCAUGCUACUGGAAAGCCCUAACCCCGAGGAUCCUCUUAUGGCUGAUAUUGCCGAAGAAUAUCAAAGGAACAACUCAAGUUUUUUAAGGAAAGCCAAGGAUUAUACAAAGAAGUAUGCCUGUGCAGUUAAGCAGCAGCGUUAGUAUUUCUAGGAUAUUUAGCUGGACGUUGGUUGGGAUUGACGAAAAAACAUGAAAAUGUUUUUGAAAAUGAACUAAACAAAAUCAUGUUUAGGUAACACUAAAAUUUGCAUUG